AAAAUAAUACGUUAUGGCAGAGGAACAAGAGGAUAAACGUAAACCACUGGGUUUGAAAACAGAAAAUGGAAAUCCAGUUCCAAAGCUCAUGGAAGGGAUGCAGACACGUUGCAUGAUCCGCCUUUGAAUUGAGAAUGGAUGGUACUAGUCAUAUAUGGCUAAGGGUGGUUGCGAAAAUAAUGCCAUCGCUUGAUAAAAGUUCGAUGAAUUUGAUGUCUACAAUUUCACUUACACACUGUCCAGUUCCAUUAAAAUCAAUUAAGGUGGAUGUACACAUUGUUGGUUAUAUUGCUGAAGUUUCAUCAAGACUGACAUAUUUCAAUGAAGAGGAAAUACCAGUUGAGGCAGUGUUUACAUUCCCAGUAGAUGAUGGAAGUGCAGUGUUCCAGUUUGAAGCUGAUAUUGAUGGACGUCACAUAGUGGCGGAAAUUCAGGAAAAAGAACAGGCAAAAUUGACAUACCAAGAUGCUGUAGAACAUGGAAAAACAGCCAUGCUGUUAAAAGAAGACAACUCUGCUGGGGAUAUCUUCAGUUGCUUGCUGGGAAAUCUUCCUCCCCAGAGUGAGGCUUCACUUGUGAUGAAAUAUGUGAUUGAACUGCCACAGGAGGCGGAUGGUCGACUGAGAUUUACACUUCCCACUGUAUUAAAUCCAAGAUACUCACCAGAUGUUGGUGGAUUAACAGCUGGAGAGGGCGCCACCUAUAUCCCACCGUCCAAAGUUCGGUAUGAAUUUAGUAUGGCCGCCGUAGUGGAGGGAUACUAUAAAAUUACUUCUGUGACAUCAGAUAGAACGAAGCUAGAUGUAAAAUAUGGAGAGAAUAAUAAGAUAGCAAAGGUUGCUCUAAAAGAAGAGUUCAAGUUUGACCAUGACCUUGGUUUUCUUGUACAGUAUGAGACGCCAUAUUCGCCACAAGUCAUUCUUGAAACAGGAAACCCAGAGACUGAGGGAUUGAUGAAAGAAGACAUGCUGAUGGUCAGUUUCCAUCCGGAUCUGAAAGAGGUUGCUAUGGCAACCAAUGGAGAAUAUAUCUUUGUUAUUGAUAGAUCAGGUAGUAUGGAAGGUAAUGAAAUAGAGAAUGCAAAGGAGGCCCUCCUGCUGUUUUUGAAAAGCUUGCCGCCUGGUUGUUAUUUCAAUAUUGUCAGUUUUGGUUCUACUCACAGUUCACUGUUUUCCAAUGGCAGCGAGGAGUAUACAGAAGAAAGCUUAGGAAAAGCUAUAAAAUUGCAAAAGGAAAUGGAUGCUGACAUGGGAGGGACUGAGAUUUUAUCACCAUUAGAUGAUAUUUUUAAGAGGGAGUUAAUCAAAGGGCACCCAAGAAGAGUAUUUGUGUUAACAGAUGGUCGAGUGGGCAAUACACAUCAGGUGCUUGGGCUGGUGAAAACGCAGUCACAGAAAACCAGUACAAGAGUAUUCUCCCUUGGAAUUGGUCAUGGAGUGUCAACUGCUUUAGUGAAAGGAGUAGCAAAUAACGGAGGUGGUAAGGCAGAAUUUAUUCUCGACGGUGACCGUGUGCAGUCUAAGGUUGUAUCAUUACUAAAGUGUGCUAUGCAGCCAGCCAUUACAGAUGUCACCAUCAACUGGGAUCUGCCCCCUGAUGUGACCCUUGUGUCAAUUCCAACAGAAUCUCCAACUAUCAUAUCAGCUGGGGAAAGACUGACUUUAUUUGCCAUCUUGCAAGGAUUUUAUAAAGAGAAAGAUUAUCCUGAAAGUUUAGUGACAUUGAAAGGUCAGCAAGAUGGAAAACCAGUUACAUACAGAUUGAUCUUUACCAUGGGUAAGUCUUCAGAGGUCAGUGGCUCAACACCAGUUCAUCGCUUAGCAACAAAAGUGCAAAUAAAGCUUCUACAAGAUGAGGAAUCAGCAAAGUUAAGUAAAGAAAUGAACCACAUCUCGCCAGAUUUGGGGAAGGAAAUCAAAACGUUCAGACAGAGAAUUGUUGAUCUUAGUCGUCAUGGCAACGUUGUAUCCAAGUAUUCAGCAUUUGUUGCCAUAGAUACAGAGGGAAAGAAAGUUGAGGAUAAAGCUGUUGUGAGAUCAUGUCCGGUACCUACUCUGUCCGAAGAAUUUAUGACCGGACUGCAAACUGUAAUUCAUACUUUAUGUGCAAGAAGAAAACGUAAAGCGGUACAGUGUUGCAGCAUGAACACAGUUUCAUAUGGAGGGGAGCAAUCUAAUGACUUUAGUGCGGCGAGUAAACGGUUUUGCAGCAGCAAAGCUGCACCAGUACGUCUGAAGGGGAUGGCAAGAAAGUUGACGUAUGUUGGUGGAUUAUUUUCACAGAAGAACAAGGACACGGAUUAUGAAGAUUCAGAUGACAAGAUGAUGUCUGUAAUAGUCUUACAGCAACUAAAUGGCGAGUGGGAGGUUUCUGGACAACUGUUAACGCUAUUGGGUGUUCCAAAAGAAGAAUUUGAUAAACAGAAAUUUUCAGAGGUGCCAAGUGUUAUGUGUACAGUGAUUGUACUAAGUUGGUUAAAGAAAGAGUUUUCACACCGACACGAAGAGUGGCAGAUAAUAGAAACCAAAGCGCUAACCUGGCUGACAUCACAGAAUCUUCCUAUGUCAGUAGAAGACAUCAUACAGCAGACGACACAGUCUCUCUGGUCAAAAUGAAAAAAUACAA